GGCCAAAGACAUUUCACCGAGGUGAUUUAUUAACGGCCGCAAGACUUAGUAAUUCAAGUCGCAUCUAGACCCUUUGAUAUCUCCCCAUAUAUACCCCCCUCCCAAACAACUGUAACCACCCUGCGCCCAUCAAACCUGAGAUACCCAACCUUUCCCUUCAAACAUCCCAUAUACCCCCAGCGUCUAUCAUGGCCGACGAAUCCACCGCACCCGCCAUCACGGCGCAACCCUCCUCCUCCACCACCCCAGAAAUAACCCUCUACUGGCUCGAGCAAUCCCGCUCCCAACGCAUCCUCUGGCUCCUCACCGAGCUCUCCCUCCCCUACAAGCUAACCGUCUUCCACCGGGACCCUAAAACCUAUUUCGCCCCCCCCGAGUUAAAAGCCAUCCACCCCCUUGGCAAGUCCCCCGUGAUCUCCAUCAAGCCUCCCCACGGCGGCCCAGACGUGGUCCUCGCGGAGAGCGGACUCAUCGCCGAGUACCUGACUGAGCAUUUUGGAGCGGGGACGACGAUGGCGCCGGAAAGGUGGCAGGAAGGGAGGGAGGGGGUGGUGGGAGGGGAGACGGAGGCGUGGAUGAGGUAUAAGUACCUGUUGCAUUAUUGUGAGGGGAGCUUGAUGCCUUUGCUUAAUGUUUUGUUGGUUUCUAUGAACAUCAAAAACGCCCCCGUCCCAUUCUUCAUCCGUCCCAUCACCACACGUGUCGCCGGCGGGAUCAGGACGAACUACCUGGACCCCAACUUUGCCACCCACUUCUCGUAUCUGGAAGACCAACUCAAGACGUCUCCAGGGGGCGGAAAGUACCUCUGCGGCUCGCACUUGACGGCUGCGGAUAUCCUGAUUAGCUUCCCCCUGAUCGCGGCGAAGGGACGGGGAGGCUUAAUUCCGGAGGAGAAGUACCCGCUGUUGAGGAAGUACGUGGAUAUGUUGGAAGAGGAGGAGGGGUAUAAGAAGUCGAUUGCGAAGGUGGAGAAGGUAGAUGGGAAGUUUAGUGCUAUGAUUUAGGGGGGAAGGAAAGGGGAGUAUGGUGUAUUAGUAAACUGGCUUGGUGGGUUGAGGGGUAAUCCCAACUCGAUAUUCUAUAUAUAUACUCCUAUACGACUAUAAUUGCUACAUACGACUAUAGACUUAAGAGAAUUGUGCAUCCC